GGCGUCCCGCUCGCCCCCAGCAUGGCGGCGGUGCGGGCGGCGGCGUGGCGGAGGUCUGGGCUCUGGCCCGCGGGGCUCAGGGCGUUUUGGAGCGGCCGCAGGUACCCGCAGAACACAGGAUGCAGGAAGGAGGAAAGAGAAGUGGAAGCAGACCAAGCAGUUCCUGAGGAGGAGAGGAGUGAUCCCAGCCUGAUCUGUCCCCCACCACGCAGCCGGAGUUAUUUCCCCCCCGAGGACCUGCAGAGCCGCCUCGAGUCCCAUGUCAGGGAAGUCUUUGGGCCCUCUCUUCCUGAGGACUGGCAGCAGACUCCCCUGCAGGAGAACAGGCUGAAGCAUCGCCUGCUGGCCCGGCUGGCAGCAGAGCUGGGACAUGCUGUCCCCAACUCCCAGCUGCACCAGAUGCGCCAUGCUGGGGACGUGCUGGGUUUCUAUUGCACCCCCGUGAAAGACGGGACCAAAAUUGAUGAACUCACAGCUUCAGAGCUUCCCCCGAACCUGAAAAUCAUCUGGCAGCAGUGAGUCCCCCCACAGAGCAUUCCCGUGCCUGGCUUGUGCUGCAAGCAGCACCAGAGCCCUCUUGUUGGGGUGAGAUCUGUAAAUUUCACUAAUAAAGGUUCACUGAGCUG